UUCGCACUCUAAUGUGGAGCUUGGCGUAAGUGCCUAUGGAGCACAAUCAGGAGUCUACGUCUGACUCUGUUUAUGACUCGAGCGAGGAGGGGCGAAAUGGAACUGACUCAUUCGGAGGAUGUCGGCGUGGCUCGUCUCGCCGUCUUUAUGGUUGCACCGAUGCUUGGCUGACGUGCACCGCUGAUAUGGCUGACGUGCGCCGCUGAGCCAAAUUCUGGCCUUUGGGGUGACUUCGUGGGCCGCUCUAGUCCGAGAGCUGGUCCCUUCGUUGCCGAGAGCCGUUUAUUUAGUUAAUAGCCUUAUGAUUUAAUAUGUUCGUCUCGUGUCGCACGUAAGUUUAAAGUUUUUUAUAAUUUUUUGUAUAUUUUGACACAAUGUUUAAAUUCGGAUUUUAUUAUUAAACGGCAAAAAAUGUUGUUUAAUUUUAAUUUGUGGAAAACUUCUAUGCCAAGGGCAUAUCCAAGGGCAGGCGAUCCGCUCUCCUUAUAAUCGCUUAAGAGCGGGCGGCCAAUAGUAAUCAUCUCUUUUGGCGCCGUGGAUCGAUGCUGCCGAUAUAGUCAAAUGCAACAUCACCACGCAGGUUAUUGUAAACGCGAAUCCGACCGUUACAAUAGAAUCUGCGUGCGCAUUUCCUUUACUGGUUCGCCCAGCCGGCACCACCCACUUCGUAUGGAACACUCCCAGGGGUUCCCUUUCAAGUCUUCCAGCAGGUACGAGUUGUUGCCUGCUCGACGCAUUACUCUGGCCUUAAGGAACUUCCUUGCAAAUUUGGCGUUAAAAGCUUUCCCAAAAUCGCUUAGCACAAAAUUGCGUCAGUAGACUUCUUGGCCGGGUUCCGCCUGGAACACUCGGGCUCGAGCGUUGUACUACCGAUGACUUCUUUCGUAAGUCUGGUGUAGUUGGCUUUGGACUCGCUGUCUAAUCAGGUGUUUUUUGUCUGCUGGGUGCAAAUGAGAAAUCUCAUGACCAUCCAGAGACCCUAGCCUACGAGCCAAUUUGUAGCAUGCCCCGUUUAGGAACAUAUGAUAUCCGAAAACGGCAAAGAAAGGAGUCACCCCCGUCUCUGUGUGUAUGGCAUUGCGUAUGGACACCUCUAUUUCCGGAAGGUAGAGGUCCCACUCGCGGUGAUCUUGCUCUAUAUACGCCCGGAUCGCCGACAAUACGGUACGAUUAACUCGCUCAAAAAGUGAAUUUUGAAAAAUGGUCGACUACCAUGAAGAUCCAAGCGUACCCUUGCUUCGAACGUGCUCCUCAAUUGUUUUUCCGCGGUCACCGCAUCAAACACGUCUGUCCAGCCAUCAUCGGUCUCCCUCUGGGGUUUCCCGGACAAUUCUCGCAUUGUGAGCAGAAUGUACCCGGCUUGCCGCACCUAUAGCAAAACAUCUUCGGCUCUUUGGACAUGCAGUCUCUAAAGACAUGGUCGAACUGCCUACAAUUCCAGCACACUAGCCGGGAAGGUGUCCUACCUCACACGAAGGCCUCCUCCAGAUCAAUAGGCGGGGUUUCUGCACGAUGUGGUGAUACUUCAACCUCGUGAACUGCCAGCCUCGUUCCUUGCGAGUAACGCGAAGGCUGCUCAUACCCAGUCCGGCUUUUGCGAGCAAUAUGCCUCACCACUUCUAUGCAUUCUUGGCGCAGUUCAUCCACGUUCGCGGUCUCUCAGCGGCUUCUGCAAUCACGCGGCCAGUUGACGCAUGUGGUGGAUAUAGUCGUCCACCCCAUCCAGUUGUCGACUCUAGAAUGCCGCACGUGCAUCCAGUACCACUCGCGGGCACGUCCGUUCAGGAGCAGGCAUUGAUAUUGCCUCUGCAGGUACUCCAGCCGGAACACGAAGUCCUCGACAGAAUGCAUAGCGUCCUCGCCAUCGAACUUGAUGUUCCACCGCUAGAGCUUCAAGUACGCUGUAUCUCGUACGUUUGCAUACGCUUCCUCCGGCUUAAAAUCAUCCGCUGUCCGGGCCUCUACUCGGAAAUGGCGAUUAUUUGGAUUACGCCAGUUCUUCGCCUGAGAAUCUGCAACGUAUACUGAGCUGCUGGAGGAGUACUCCAUUCAUCGCGCGUCUUGUCUGUGUGGCUUCGGUGGCACCGGCGGUGGGAAUGCCUCGCGCUGGAGCACUUUUCGCUCUUUCGGGAUGGCGCCUGUUCGCGGUCCCGGCACGACAUGUCUCGGCGGCUUCGGCGCAGUGUAAGUCUCUCCGGCGUGGCUCCCUGGCGGCCUAAGCACAUCAAUGAUACCCUUCAUCAUCUCCAUGAAGCCUGUUCGCAUCUCCCCGCGGAUGGACUCGCUGAUGCUAGAUGGCAGAGCAUACUGAUACGUCAGGUGGGCCUGAGCUAUCGUCACGUUCGCUGCCGAUGUGAGCACGGAGUCCUUCGUCGGUUUUGGCAACUCCAGAUUUUGUGGAGGUCGAUCUUGUUGUGCCAAUUCCUUCUCUAAGUCUACCAGAUGACCCUCCGCCGUGAUCUGUCUCUCAUGAAAUCCCCGGAAAUUCAUGGGCGUUCUCGCUAGACCUCCUGCCGAACGUGGCGGCGGCAGUGCCGCCGCUCCGUCAGCUUCGCAACCCCAAUCAGACAUCUGAAAACUGCCCCCAUCUCUUCAAUAAGGCUUACUACCUUAAAAAAAAAAAAUCGCAAAUAAUCCCUAUUAAAUAAAUAA